CCAUCACAAAAUGAAGGUUUCAUGGCAACUGCAGUGGAAGGGGUUAAUGAAACUAUUGCUACAGAUUACACGCUCCGGAUAUUGGGACUUGAUGUGUGCCGUGAUACGAUAGUUGGAGAUGAAAUGAUAAGAGGCAUUUCAGGGGGUCAAAAAAAGCGAGUGACUACAGGGGAGAUCAUUGUUGGGCCGACCAAAACUUUAUUCAUGGACGAGAUAUCAACGGGCCUUGACAGCUCAACAACAUUCCAAAUAGUGAAAUGUCUACAACAGAUUGUGCACCUGACUGAGGGGACCAUCUUGAUGUCCCUCCUCCAGCCUGCUCCUGAGACCUUCGAUCUGUUUGAUGAUGUCAUUCUCCUAUCUGAAGGCCAGAUUGUGUACCAAGGCCCAAGAGAACAUAUCCUUGAAUUCUUCGAGUCUUGUGGAUUCAAAUGCCCAGAUAGAAAAGGCACAGCUGACUUCUUGCAAGAGGUAACGUCGAGAAAGGAUCAAGAACAAUAUUGGGAAGACAAGGGAAAGCCAUACAGUUACAUAUCUGUGAAAGAAUUCGCGAGAAAGUUCAAGAGAUUCCACGUGGGGUUACGUCUGGACAAUGAACUAUCUGUGCCGUAUGAGAAAUCAAGAAACCAUAAAGCAGCUCUGGUGUUCAAGAAGUACACAGUGCCGAUCAGGGAGCUUUUGAGUGCCAAUUUUGACAAAGAAUGGUUGUUAAUCAAGAGGAACUCUUUUGUGUAUGUAUUCAAAACUGUUCAGAUCAUCAUCGUCGCCAUCAUUGCGUCCACUGUGUUUUUCAGAACCAAGAUGCACACUAGGAAUGAAGAGGACGGAGGGGUCUACAUUGGCGCACUCUUGUUUGCAAUCAUCACUAACAUGUUCAAUGGAUUCUCAGAACUGUCAAUGACCAUCCAGAGGCUUCCCGUCUUCUACAAGCAGAGGGAUCUUCUCUUCCACCCACCUUGGGCUUUCACUCUCCCUACAUUUCUUUUGAAAAUCCCCAUAUCUGUUUUCGAGACCACUGUGUGGAUGGUCACUACAUACUACACGAUUGGAUUCUCACCUGAAGCAAGCAGAUUCUUCAAGCAAUUUAUGGCGAUUUUUCUGAUCCAGCAGAUGGCUUCUGGUUUAUUUAGGCUCAUUGCAGCGCUUUGUAGGACGAUGGUUAUUGCUAAUACAGGUGGAGCUUUGAGCCUCCUACUCGUCUUCCUCUUAGGUGGUUUCAUCCUCCCCAAAGGUUCUAUCCCAGACUGGUGGGGUUGGGGUUUUUGGAUUUCUCCCCUAAGUUACGCGUUUAACUCGAUAACUAUCAACGAGAUGUUUGCUCCUAGAUGGAUGAACAAAGUGACUUCAAACAAUACAAGAGUGGGACUUAAAGUGAUGAGGAACUUUGACGUGUUCCCUGAAAAGAGAUGGUUUUGGAUAGGUUCCAUUGCACUUUUGGGGUUCACCAUUCUCUUUAACAUUCUGUUCACAUUUGCUCUCACAUACCUCAACCCCCUCGAACAGAAAAAAGCUGUAAUAUCCAAAGAUCAAGCAAAGGAGAUGGAAAAUGAUGAAGAAGAGUCCACAGAAUCCCCAAGACUAAGAACAACAAAUUCAAGGAAAGGUGGACUUCCUCAUUCACUCUCGGCAGCCGAUGGAAAUAACACAAGAGAAAUGGAAAUUCGGCGCAUGAGUAGUCGUGUCAAUAGAAGCGGUCUCAAUAGGAAUGAAGAUUCGAGCAAGGAGUCCACAAAUGGUAUAGCUCCAAAGCGAGGAAUGCUUCUACCAUUCACGCCCUUAGCAAUGUCCUUUGAUGACCUGAAAUAUUUCGUGGACAUGCCGGCUGAAAUGAGGGAUCAAGGAGUGACAGAGGAUAAACUCCAAUUACUAAAGGGGGUAACAGGUGCCUUUAGGCCUGGAGUUUUGACCGCAUUGAUGGGAGUCAGUGGGGCAGGAAAAACUACACUAAUGGAUGUUUUAGCAGGACGAAAAACUGGUGGUUACGUUGAAGGGGACAUCAGAAUAUCAGGAUUUCCAAAGAAGCAAGAAACAUUUGCUAGAGUCUCCGGUUACUGUGAACAGAAUGACGUACAUUCACCCCAAGUAACUGUGCAUGAAUCUUUGAUAUUUUCAGCUUUUCUCCGACUUUCUAAAGAAGUUGGAAAAGAGGAUAAACUGACUUUUGUAGAUGAAGUAGUGAAUUUGGUUGAGCUGGAUAACCUCAAGGACGCAAUUGUUGGGAUACCCGGAGUUUCUGGCCUCUCUACCGAACAGCGGAAGAGGUUGACGAUUGCAGUUGAAUUAGUGGCCAAUCCUUCAAUUAUAUUCAUGGACGAGCCCACGUCUGGUCUCGAUGCAAGAGCAGCAGCCAUUGUUAUGCGAACUGUUAGAAACACGGUGGACACAGGAAGAACUGUAGUUUGCACCAUUCAUCAACCUAGCAUUGACAUUUUUGAAGCAUUUGAUGAGUUGCUACUUAUGAAAAGAGGAGGGCAAGUGAUUUAUGCAGGGCCAUUAGGCCGAAACUCUCAUAAAAUCAUCGAGUAUUUUGAGGCAGUGCCGGGGGUAUCUAAAAUCACAAAGAAUUACAAUCCAGCUACCUGGAUGUUAGAAGUGAGUUCUGUCUCCAUGGAAACCAGACUCGGAAUGGAUUUUGCUGAACACUACAAAAGUUCAUCUUUACAUCUAAGAAACAAAGAACUUGUGCAAGAAUUGAGUACUCCUCCACCUGGAGCAAAGGAUCUUUAUUUUGCUACCCAAUAUUCUCAGUCAACAUGGGGCCAAUUCAAAUCCUGCAUCUGGAAGCAGUGGUGGACUUAUUGGAGGAGUCCGGAUUACAAUCUUGUGAGAUACUUCUUCACUUUGGUUGCAGCACUCAUGAUCGGCACAAUUUUUUGGGACAUCGGAGGCAAAAUAAAAACUGGAAGUGACCUUAUGACUGUCAUUGGAGCUAUGUAUGCAGCUGUACUGUUUGUUGGUAUCAGCAAUUGCUCCACUGUACAACCCAUAGUUUCUACUGAGAGAAGUGUGUUUUAUCGUGAAAAAGCUGCUGGAAUGUAUUCUGCAUUACCAUAUGCAAUGUCACAGGUCAUUUGUGAAAUACCAUAUGUUCUUCUUCAAACAUCAUAUUACACUCUCAUAGUGUAUGCCAUGGUGGGAUUUGACUGGAAAGCGGCUAAAUUCUUCUGGUUUUUCUUUGUGACAUUCUUCUCCUUCCUUUACUUCACUUACUAUGGGAUGAUGACCGUUUCAAUCACACCUAACCACCAAGUGGCAGCCAUCUUUGCUGCAGCAUUCUAUGCGCUCUUCAACCUUUUCUCUGGUUUCUUCAUCCCCAGACCUAAAAUUCCAAAGUGGUGGAUUUGGUAUUACUGGAUUUGUCCUGUGGCAUGGACCGUAUAUGGAUGCAUUGUCUCACAAUAUGGCGAUGUAGAAGAGACAAUUAAGGUUGAAGGAAUGAUAUCUGAUCCACGGAUCAAAGAUUACAUCAAAGAUCAUUUUGGGUAUGAACCAGACUUCAUGGGACCCGUAGCGGCAGUUCUCAUUGGUUUUGCACUGUUCUUUGCUUUCAUGUAUUCUCAUUGCAUUAAGACAUUGAACUUCCAGCUUAGAUAGAUAUUAAACAACAUAUCAUAAAAGCAUUUAUGGUAG